AUGCUCAAUUCCCUCCCAGUAGUUUUGUUGGAAACCAUGUCUCACUAUACAGAUGAACCCAGAUUUACAAUAGAACAGAUAGAUCUGCUUCAGCGCCUUCGGCGUACUGGAAUGACUAAACAUGAAAUCCUCCAUGCCUUGGAAACUUUGGACCGUCUUGAUCAAGAGCAUAGUGACAAGUUUGGAAGAAGGUCCAGUUAUGGAGGAAGUUCAUAUGGGAAUAGUACCAACAAUGUUCCAGCAUCUUCCUCUACAGCUACAGCUUCCACACAGACCCAGCAUUCGGGAAUGUCCCCAUCGCCUAGCAACAGUUAUGAUACCUCCCCACAGCCUUGCACUACCAAUCAAAAUGGGAGGGAGAAUAACGAGAGAUUGUCCACAUCCAAUGGAAAGAUGUCACCGACUCGCUACCAUGUAAACAGCAUUGGUCAGAGGUCAUACAGUUUUGAAGCCUCAGAAGAGGACCUAGAUGUAGAUGAUAAAGUGGAGGAAUUAAUGAGGAGGGACAGCAGUGUGAUAAAAGAGGAAAUCAAAGCCUUUCUUGCCAAUCGGAGGAUUUCCCAAGCAGUUGUUGCACAGGUAACAGGCAUCAGUCAGAGCCGGAUCUCUCACUGGCUGUUGCAGCAGGGAUCAGACCUGAGUGAGCAGAAGAAAAGGGCAUUUUACCGAUGGUAUCAACUUGAGAAGACAAAUCCUGGGGCUACGCUAAGUAUGAGACCGGCCCCCAUUCCAAUAGAAGACCCAGAAUGGAGACAAACGCCUCCCCCAGUCUCUGCUACAUCUGGCACCUUCAGAUUACGACGAGGUAGUCGAUUUACCUGGAGAAAAGAGUGUCUCGCUGUAAUGGAAAGUUACUUCAACGAGAAUCAAUAUCCAGAUGAAGCAAAGAGAGAAGAAAUUGCAAACGCUUGCAAUGCAGUUAUACAGAAGCCAGGCAAAAAACUGUCAGACCUGGAGCGAGUUACCUCUCUGAAAGUGUACAAUUGGUUUGCCAACAGGCGGAAGGAGAUCAAGAGGAGAGCCAAUAUCGAAGCAGCAAUCCUGGAGAGUCAUGGGAUAGAUGUACAGAGUCCAGGGGGCCAUUCCAACAGUGACGACGUCGAUGGCAACGACUACUCCGAGCAGGAUGACAGCACUAGCCAUAGUGACCACCAGGACCCCAUCUCACUCGCUGUGGAAAUGGCAGCCGUCAACCACACCAUCUUGGCAUUGGCCCGACAAGGAGCCAACGAAAUCAAGACAGAGGCCCUGGAUGACGACUGA